CCUAGAGUACGAGUGUGAUCAAUGAGAGUACUGCCAAGUGGGAAGAUAGCUUAGAAAUUAGCUUUUGCUUGCAGCCGGAAUUCUGUCAAGAAGUUCAAAGAUGAAUCGUUCACUUGAAGUUGCCUGGGCGCUCGUUGCCUUUCCUCUGAUUAUCUUCUUCUUUAAUUAUAUAUCCAAGAGAUGGCGCCGGUACCUCCUGGCCUCCUCGAGAGGCUGCAAGCCAGCCCCUCGUCAUAAGCAAAAGGGUCCAUUUGGGUUGGACUUCUUCAUCAAAUCCAUGAAAGCAUCCCUUGAUCAUCGCCGCAUGGAAUUUACGCGCGACCUUUUCAACAAGUACGAUCGGACUUGGCAAGUUACGAACUUCGGGAAAGAAUUUAUUUUCACAAUUGAUCCUAUGAAUAUCCAGUGGGUUAUGGUACACGACUUCGAAAGCUGGGGGUUGGAACCGCUGAGGCUCCCUGCCGUGGCACCGUACAUGGGUCCUGGAGUCUUCACUACUGACGGCCAGUUUUGGGCGCAUGCGCGAGCCCAAGUAAAGCCCAUCUUGGGUAAAGCGCAGUUUAGCGAUCUGAGCAGAUUGGAAUAUCAUUUCCAGAACUUUUUACCAUUAUUACCAAGAGAUGGUAGUGCGGUAGAUGUACAACCGCUUCUUGAGCGCCUGGGUACGGACAUUGUGACCGAGUUUAUAUUGGGAGAAUCAGUGGGAACACUUACGGAGAACUCGUCAGUGGACCACAAGAAGUUUCUAGGAGCUCUAUCAGACGCAGAUGCUGGCGUUGGAAAGCGAUUCCUGCUCGGAAAACUACGCUUCUUUCUUAGAGACAAGAACUUCGAUAAAGCUUGCCAGAUAGCGCAUAAGUAUGUCGACGAACGCAUCGAUGCCUACUUCAAUACUGUGGCUACUAGGAAAUCUUCUUCGCAGGAACCUCAGCCACUCGUUCUCUUGAACGAAUUGGCGAAAGAAACAGAUGACAGGAAACUCAUUCGUUCACAAAUUCUGAACAUCUUGCAAGCUGCCGAAGAUGGCGCUGCUAUCAUCAUCAGCAAUACGCUUUUUCUGUUGUCUCGACAUCCAGACGUGCAAAGGACUCUCCGAGAGGAGAUUUCCACUAUAAAUGCGCAAAUCCCAACGUUUGAGGUGCUCAAGAGCAUGAAAUAUCUCCGGAAAGUCAUCAACGAAAGUCUGCGUGUUUUACCACUUGCACCCAACAAUAGUAGAGUGGCAUUGAAAGACACCAUUCUACCACGAGGAGGAGGACCGCAUGGUAAAGACCCGGUUUUUGUGGAGAAAGGAAUGAUCUAUGGCACAAAUUCUUACAUACUUCACCGAGAUAAAGAGACUUGGGGUGAAGAUGCAGACGAUUUCAAACCAGAGAGAUGGGAGACUCAAAGACAUGGAUGGCAUUAUCAAGCAUUCGGAGGCGGUCCCAGGACAUGUCCUGGUCAGGGUUUAGUUCUAACCCAGAUCUCUUAUACUUUGAUAAGACUUUUUCAAGAAUUUAAGGCCAUCGAGAGCAGAGACGAGAGACCUUGGUUGGAGAGUAUCAAGUUGACAAUGUGUAAUGGAAAUGGCGUUAUCCUGAGUCUACGAUGAUGAUACCCGAGAAAGAAUCGUUCAAGUUCAAGGGGC